AUGAAAGUCUUGUCGCAAAAACAGAGGCUGACGAAAACAUCGUCGAAGGAUUCCGGGUCGGAUCAGAAACCAAAAUGGAGAAACCCUCGUAACAACAAAAACGUCUAUCAUGGGGACGAGGAGGAGACCCAGGGAGCGCAUAACUAUGCCAUCAGCUCCGGACCGGAGCAAGGCCGAACGACGGAUAAUACAUGGACCCGAAAUCUAAAUUACGACGAAAAUGCCUUCUGCGACUUUCACCAGGCCCACUGCCACUCAAACGUAAACUGCAAGGUUCUCGGUGCCAGGUUGGCCACAAAGCUGCUCGUGGGAGAACUCGCCGAAGUAUCUAGCGUAAAAUACCUCGGCCGCGAUUCAGACCGCCCUCCGAGAAACGAUAAGGCCCCUCAAACGGAGAACUCUCUCCAAGGGAACCAAUCAGGAGAAAAGAGCGGGAUAAGACAGGACGAGAAGGGCAACGACAAUAGUCGCCGCAGGGUCAACAUGAUCAUCAGAGGAUUGCAGUACUGCAGCGAUACCAUCUCCGCCAUCAAAGCUUAUGAGCGCAAGGCUGAGACGAGCGCAAAUUCGCUAACCUGGUCCGUGCCUGGCGACUUCCCGAAAGGAGCGAUCACUUUCGAUGAAGAAGAGGCCGGCGAUGUAGAAACCUGCGGGAUCGAUCAGCCCCACUGUGAUCCGCUCGUGAUCGACCUCGUGAUAAGGGAUCUCGAGGUCGCAAGAGUUCUCAUCGACACGGGUAGCACAGUGAAUGUCAUCUUCCGCGAUACCCUUAAAAGGAUGAACAUCGAGCUAGGAGAAGUCGUACCGUCCCCCAAGCCGCUAACCAGUUUCGAGGGCACAACAACUAUGACUCUCGGAUCGAUCAAACUGCCUGUCACGGCCAAAGAAGUGACAAACAUUGUCGAUUUCGCAGUCGUUGACCACCCGGCCAUCUACAACAUCAUCAUGGGCACGCCUUGGCUAAACGCAAUGAAAGCAGUCUCGUCGACUUAUCACCUAGGCAUCAAAUUCCCGACUCAUAACGGAAUCGCCGCAAUCUUGGGAUCCCACACACAGUCGAGACGCUGCUUCCUGGCCGAACACAAGCUACGGCAAAUCAAUACCAUCGCGAUUGUAAAGCCCAAACGGGCAAAGCUAGCCCAGACAUCAACUGAAAACGCUUCGGAAAAAGAUGAUCUGGAAUCGUCAACUCAAGCAACGGACAAGGAGCAACCAGUUUCAAAGCCUAACGCUUCUACCCAGCCGGAGGAAACAAACCCGGUAAAAGACGUCGGUCCUGCGACUAACGCGACCGACGCAGUAGUCGAGUAA